CACAGACCUAAAAAAAUUUCCCCCUUCUCUCUCUCUAGAUCCUCCAUAGCUAAUUCAAAGCAAUGGGGAGAGCACCAUGUUGUGAUAAAAGUGGUCUGAAAAAGGGUCCAUGGACACCAGAAGAAGAUCACAUACUCAUUGAUUAUAUACAGAAAAAUGGGUAUGGAAACUGGAGAACUCUUCCAAAAAAUGCUGGGCUGCAAAGGUGUGGAAAGAGUUGCAGGCUCCGUUGGACUAACUAUCUUCGCCCUGAUAUCAAAAGAGGAAGAUUUUCUUUCGAAGAAGAAGAAACUAUUAUUCAACUCCAUAGCAUGUUGGGAAACAAGUGGUCAGCUAUUGCAGCUCGUCUACCAGGAAGAACGGACAAUGAAAUCAAGAACUACUGGAACACGCACAUUAGAAAAAAGCUUCUUCGAAUGGGAAUCGAUCCUGUGACACAUACGCCUCGACUCGAUCUUCUUCAUCUUUCGGCAAUUCUGAACUCUUCCUCGCAAAUGAAUUUUUCAAGACUGGUUGGAAUGCAUAAUCUUGUAAACCCUCAACUCCUUAGGUUAGCCAAUCUUCUAUCGUCCACCCAAUUCCAGAACCAGAACCAGUAUCUUAUGCUACAAAACAAUGCUCAAGACAAUCAAAUUUGCAGUAAUUCCCAACUCCAAAAUCAUAUGCCACCAUUAGUGCAGCCUUGUCAACCCCAAAACCAAGAUAUUCCCACUUGUACAACGUUGGAAACUCCGAAUGUUCCAAUCUCGAACAUCGAUCAGUUCCGUACAUCAGAUGUCACCAACUUCAACCCACAAAAUUGCCAACUAAAUGACUGGCCAAACAAUCAAAUAGACGUAACUUCUUUCCCAGAAGAUUAUGUACCCUUAUCAAACUAUGGAUAUGAUUGCGUAUACGGGUCAGAUCCUCCUCCUUCAGAUACUUCAACUUUUCAAUCCAACGGCAGCAGUAAUUUCAGCUUUCGUUCAGUUUUGUCCAAUAUGUCAAGCCCUUCAUCAAGUCCAACUCCGUUGCAUUCUAAUUCUAUCAAAUUGACCAGCAACAGUACUGAAGAAGAGAAAGAAAGCUAUUGCAGUAAUUUGUUGAAGUUUAAUAUUCAAGAUAUGCUGGAUGUUAAUGAAUUCGUGUAAACUGAUCAGAAACCAUAGUGAUCAGAGAGUUUUUUCUUUUUAAAAAAAUCCCUCUGAGCUUUUAUGGAAUCUAUGUUUAUUGUAAAAUUUAUCUUUAAAGAAUUUGUUGUAAAUUUCUAAAGCUCGUCGUCGUCUUCCAUUGAAAUUGUUUACAAUAUUGAAUUA